GGGUGCAAUGCGCUGAUGGCCUCGGGGUUCUGGUCCCUUCCAGAUGCUGGCUACGAGUUCGACAUCUGCUUCACUUCUGUGCAGAAGCGGGCGAUCCGCACCCUCUGGAUGGUGCUGGAUGCCAUUGACCAGAUGUGGCUGCCUGUGGUGAGGACCUGGCGCCUCAAUGAAAGGCACUAUGGUGGCCUGACAGGCCUCAAUAAGGCCGAGACGGCUGCCAAGCAUGGGGAGGCCCAGGUGAAGAUCUGGAGGCGCUCCUAUGACAUUCCUCCCCCUCCCAUGGAGCCAGACCACCCCUUCUACAGCUCCAUCAGCAAGGACCGCCGUUACGCUGACCUGACCGAGGACCAGCUGCCGACCUGCGAGAGCCUGAAGGACACCAUUGCCCGGGCCUUGCCCUUCUGGAACGAAGAGAUCGUCCCGCAGAUCAAGGAGGGCAAGCGGGUUCUCGUAGCUGCCCAUGGCAACAGCCUGCGGGGGAUCGUUAAGCACCUGGAAGGUAUGUCCGAGGAGGCCAUCAUGGAGCUCAACCUGCCCACUGGCAUCCCCAUUGUCUACGAGCUGGACAAGAACCUGAAGCCCAUCAAGCCCAUGCAGUUCCUGGGGGACGAGGAGACCGUCCGCAAGGCCAUGGAGGCUGUGGCGGCUCAGGGCAAAGCCAAGAAGUGAAGGCAGGCGCGGUAGAGGCUUGUGAGCAG